AUGUUUGGAAGCCUAUUCACGAAGAGCUCUCCCGGCCUCUUCCCCAGCACACACUUGCUUCAGAACGGAGAUGCCGCCUGGGCCCUGCACGAUAAUCGCUGGUACCGCGUCCGCGUCACAGCCGCGUUCCCACCGACCAAACGCGGAGAGACGACGACGUACACCGUGUGGCACUGGAACUUGUUCAACAAGGAUUUCGGAAGCUUGACGACUGAGAGCGGCGCGCUCGCUCUGGAUGAUGCCAAUACGCGCUUGUGGUUGAGGGAAUGUGUGGGGAAGGACGGUGUAGUCAAGACAGACUGGCCGGCGAUGGGGCAUUGA